AUGGCACGAAUAGCGGACGACAGUGACUUUGAAGCGCUGAAACGACUGGUCGACAAUCACGACGGCUGGACGCUUGAGCUGUCCAAGUCCGACACCCAAGUCUACACGCGACCAGUUGCCGGAUGUAACUUCAACAUGGUGAAGAUUCACACCGAGUUCGCCGACGUCACAGCCGAUAUCGUGUUCGAUGUGCUGCACGAUCCGGACUACCGAAAAGUGUGGGAUUCGCACAUGCUGGCGAGCGAAGAGAUCGGCAUACUAAACGUCAACAAUGACGUCGGUUACUACGCAAUGUCCUGCCCUCCUCCUCUAAAGCCGAGAGAUUUUGUCCUGCAACGGUCCUGGCUCGAUACCGGUCCCCAGGGUGAACAGAUGUUACUUUCACGUUCCGUACCACACAAGAACUAUCCACCCAAGAAGGGAUACGUGCGUGCGAUGUCAUACAUCACGGGGUUCGUGCUGCGGACGAACGAAAACUCAAAGACUGGCUGUAUACUUAAGUACGUAGCGCAUUGUGACCCACAGGGCACGCUACCUCCAUGGCUCGUGAACAAAGUGACUCACACGCUCGGCCCCCGAAUGGUGAAAGAUCUAAAAAAAGCCGCUCUUGGGUACGUGGGCUGGAAACAAACGCAACCACACCUGAGAAAACCGUGGCGAUUUCCAGAAGAAAUUCGCUGUCCGCGAAUAUCUAUUGACGAUUGUCUUGAAACGACAGCUGGAACGGGAGGCAUGCCUACGGCAAUCGUACCAGCAACGAAAUGCACGCCACAGCAACCUCCACAGCAUAUUGCUAACGCGCAGCAACAACAAUCUCAGCUACAAACCCCAACGCAACGAAAGCUACCCCAGCUGAAGGCGCAAACCAAUGGGCGCGUGUUGCCAAUACUCCACAAAAAAGCCCAAUCGACGCCCUCAUCCCCUGUGGUGGAGGAGGCAAAGUUCCUAAAGCGAGACGAGCUCAAAGAAAAAUUGGACGGAAAGCUCGAUCGCAAGGAUGAAAAGAAAAAACAAAAGGAUUCCAAAGACGGAAAGGCAAAGGAGGGCAAAGACAGCAUGAAAAGCAGUAAAGAGCUAGAAAAAGAAGCUAAAGCUGCCGCAAAAGAAAGCAAAAAGCUAAGCAAAGCCGCGGCCAAGGAAGCUGCGGCCGCCGAGAGCGCGAUGGCUAAGAAGGACAAGAAAGAGAAAGGCCUGACCAAGCGGCGGUCUUUGCUGAAUCUAAAGUUUUAG